ACCCCGGACAGGCGGAGCUCUCGCGGCUGCUCGCGGCGAGCCCGAGAGUGAUGGCGAGGCCCCUGCUGGCCGCCAGCGCCUGAGGCGCCCCACCCCGCCCCGCCCUGCGCGGCCCGCCCUGCCCGUUUCCCUGCCAGCGGCUGCAGGCGCUUCCUAGUCCGUGCGGGCUGCCGCCCAGGCGUGGUGCGGCCUCCGCUCAGGCGGGGGGCGUAGGCGCGCGGAGCCAGCCAUGGCCGCGUCCGAGCUCUACACAAAGUUUGCCAGGGUUUGGAUACCUGAUCCAGAGGAAGUCUGGAAGUCAGCAGAGCUGCUCAAAGAUUAUAAGCCAGGAGAUAAAGUCCUCCUGCUUCAUCUCGAGGAAGGAAAGGAUUUGGAAUAUCGUUUAGAUCCAAAGACCAAGGAGCUGCCUCACUUACGAAAUCCUGACAUACUUGUUGGUGAAAAUGACCUCACAGCCCUCAGCUAUCUUCAUGAGCCUGCUGUGCUCCAUAAUCUCAGAGUCCGCUUUAUUGAUUCCAAACUUAUUUAUACAUAUUGUGGUAUAGUCCUAGUAGCUAUAAAUCCCUAUGAACAGCUGCCUAUUUAUGGAGAGGAUAUUAUUAAUGCAUACAGUGGUCAGAACAUGGGUGAUAUGGAUCCACAUAUCUUUGCAGUAGCUGAAGAAGCUUACAAGCAAAUGGCCAGAGAUGAACGAAAUCAGUCUAUCAUUGUAAGCGGAGAGUCUGGGGCAGGGAAAACAGUGUCAGCUAAGUAUGCCAUGCGAUACUUUGCAACUGUGAGUGGUUCUGCCAGUGAGGCCAAUGUGGAAGAAAAGGUCUUGGCCUCCAACCCCAUCAUGGAGUCCAUUGGAAAUGCUAAAACAACCAGGAAUGAUAAUAGCAGCCGUUUUGGGAAGUAUAUUGAGAUUGGUUUUGAUAAGAGAUAUCGAAUCAUUGGUGCCAAUAUGAGAACUUAUCUUUUAGAGAAAUCCAGAGUGGUGUUCCAGGCAGAAGAGGAGAGAAACUAUCAUAUCUUCUAUCAGCUUUGUGCCUCAGCAAAGUUACCUGAAUUUAAAAUGCUACGAUUAGGAAAUGCAAAUGACUUUAAUUACACAAAACAAGGAGGCAGUCCUAUGAUUGAAGGAGUGGAUGAUGCAAAGGAGAUGGCACACACCAGGCAGGCCUGCACUUUGCUAGGAAUUAGUGAAUCUUAUCAAAUGGGAAUUUUCCGAAUACUUGCUGGCAUCCUUCACUUAGGCAAUGUUGGAUUUACAUCCCGAGAUGCAGACAGCUGCACAAUACCUCCCAAGCAUGAACCUCUCUGCAUCUUUUGCGAUCUCAUGGGUGUGGACUAUGAAGAGAUGUGUCACUGGCUCUGCCAUCGGAAACUGGCUACUGCCACAGAGACAUACAUCAAGCCCAUCUCCAAGCUGCAGGCCACAAAUGCUCGUGAUGCUUUGGCCAAGCACAUCUAUGCCAAGCUCUUUAACUGGAUUGUAGAUCAUGUCAAUCAGGCUCUCCAUUCUGCUGUCAAACAGCACUCUUUUAUUGGUGUGCUGGACAUUUACGGAUUUGAAACAUUUGAGGUAAAUAGUUUUGAACAGUUUUGCAUAAAUUAUGCAAAUGAAAAACUACAGCAACAAUUCAAUAUGCAUGUCUUCAAAUUGGAGCAAGAAGAAUAUAUGAAGGAACAGAUUCCCUGGACACUCAUAGAUUUUUAUGAUAAUCAGCCUUGUAUUAAUCUUAUAGAAUCUAAACUAGGCAUUCUAGAUUUGCUGGAUGAGGAAUGCAAGAUGCCUAAAGGCACAGAUGAUACCUGGGCCCAAAAAUUGUACAACACACAUUUGAACAAAUGUACACUCUUUGAAAAGCCUCGUCUAUCAAACAAAGCUUUCAUCAUCCAACAUUUUGCUGACAAAGUGGAAUACCAGUGUGAAGGAUUUCUCGAAAAGAAUAAAGACACCGUUUUUGAAGAACAAAUUAAAGUUCUUAAAUCAAGCAAGUUUAAGAUGCUACCAGAACUAUUUCAAGAUGAUGAGAAGGCCAUCAGUCCAACCUCAGCCACCUCUUCAGGGCGCACGCUCCUCACACGUGCUCCUGCAAAGCCCACCAAAGGCAGACCAGGCCAGAUGGCCAAAGAGCACAAGAAAACAGUGGGGCAUCAGUUCAGAAACUCCCUGCACUUGCUUAUGGAGACACUCAAUGCCACUACCCCUCACUAUGUGCGCUGUAUCAAGCCUAAUGACUUCAAGUUCCCAUUCACGUUUGAUGAGAAGAGGGCAGUGCAGCAGCUGAGAGCAUGCGGUGUUCUGGAAACUAUCCGAAUCAGUGCGGCUGGUUUCCCCUCACGAUGGACUUACCAAGAAUUUUUCAGCCGCUACCGUGUCCUAAUGAAGCAGAAAGAUGUGCUGAGUGACAGAAAGCAAACAUGCAAGAAUGUGUUAGAGAAACUGAUACUGGACAAGGACAAAUACCAGUUUGGUAAGACAAAGAUCUUUUUCCGUGCCGGUCAAGUUGCCUAUCUAGAAAAAUUGAGAGCAGACAAACUGAGGGCUGCCUGCAUCCGGAUCCAGAAGACCAUCCGUGGGUGGCUGCUGAGGAAGAAGUACCUACGCAUGCGGAAGGCGGCCAUCACCGUGCAGAGAUAUGUGAGGGGCUACCAGGCUCGAUGCUAUGCUAAGUUUCUGCGCAGAACCAAGGCAGCAACUAUCAUUCAAAAGUACUGGCGUAUGUAUGUGGUCCGCAGGAGGUAUAAGAUUAGACGAGCUGCCACUAUCGUUCUUCAGUCUUAUUUGCGAGGCUUCUUGGCCAGAAAUAGGUAUCGCAAGAUACUCCGUGAGCACAAAGCAGUCAUCAUUCAAAAGUGGGUGCGGGGCUGGCUGGCCCGCACACACUACAAGAGGAGCAUGCAUGCCAUCAUCUACCUUCAAUGCUGCUUCCGGCGGAUGAUGGCCAAGCGUGAGUUAAAGAAGCUCAAAAUCGAGGCUCGCUCAGUGGAGCGCUACAAGAAGCUGCACAUUGGCAUGGAGAACAAGAUCAUGCAGCUGCAGCGCAAAGUCGAUGAGCAGAACAAAGACUACAAAUGCCUCAUGGAGAAACUGACCAAUCUAGAAGGAAUAUACAACUCUGAGACUGAGAAACUACGAAGUGACUUAGAACGUCUUCAACUAAGUGAAGAGGAAGCGAAAGUUGCCACUGGGCGGGUCCUUAGUCUGCAGGAGGAAAUUGCCAAGCUCCGGAAAGACCUGGAGCAAACUCGUUCAGAGAAAAAAUACAUUGAAGAACAUGCAGAUAGGUACAAACAAGAAACAGAGCAGCUGGUAUCAAAUCUGAAGGAAGAAAAUACUUUGCUAAAGCAAGAAAAAGAAUCCCUCAAUCACCGCAUUGUGGAGCAGGCUAAAGAGAUGACAGAAACUAUGGAGAAGAAGUUAGUAGAAGAAACAAAACAACUAGAACUUGACCUUAAUGAUGAAAGGCUGAGAUAUCAGAACCUUCUGAAUGAGUUCAGUCGCCUAGAAGAACGAUAUGAUGAUCUCAAGGAAGAAAUGACUCUUAUGGUGCAUGUGCCUAAGCCUGGACACAAGAGAACAGACUCCACCCACAGCAGCAACGAGUCUGAAUAUACCUUUAGCUCUGAAAUUGCAGAAAUGGAAGACAUUCCAUUGAGGACAGAGGAGCCAACUGAGAAGAAGGUGCCUCUGGACAUGUCAUUGUUCCUUAAGCUCCAGAAGCGGGUCACAGAGCUGGAGCAGGAGAAGCAGGUGAUGCAGGAUGAGCUGGACCGCAAGGAGGAGCAGGUGCUCCGCAGCAAAGCCAAGGAAGAAGAAAGACCGCAAAUUAGAGGUGCGGAACUGGAAUAUGAGUCACUCAAGCGUCAAGAACUAGAAUCAGAAAACAAAAAACUGAAGAAUGAGCUAAAUGAGUUGCGCAAGGCCCUCAGUGAGAAAAGUGCCCCAGAGGUGACUGCCCCAGGUGCACCUGCCUACCGUGUCCUCAUGGAACAGCUGACCUCUGUGAGCGAGGAGCUUGAUGUUCGCAAGGAGGAAGUCCUCAUCUUAAGGUCUCAGCUGGUGAGCCAGAAAGAGGCCAUCCAACCCAAGGAUGACAAGAAUACAAUGACAGAUUCCACAAUACUUUUGGAAGAUGUACAAAAGAUGAAAGAUAAAGGUGAAAUAGCACAAGCAUACAUUGGUUUGAAAGAAACAAACAGAUCAUCUGCUCUGGAUUGCCAUGAGUUGAAUGAGGAUGGAGAGCUGUGGCUGGUUUAUGAAGGGUUAAAACAAGCCAACAGGCUCCUGGAAUCCCAGCUCCAGUCACAGAAGAGGAGCCAUGAGAAUGAGGCCGAGGCCCUCCGUGGGGAGAUCCAGAGCCUGAAGGAGGAGAACAACCGACAGCAGCAGCUGCUGGCCCAGAACCUGCAGCUGCCCCCAGAGGCCCGCAUUGAGGCCAGCCUGCAGCAUGAGAUCACCCGGCUGACCAACGAAAACUUGGAUUUGAUGGAACAACUUGAAAAACAGGAUAAGACGGUCCGUAAACUGAAAAAACAACUGAAAGUAUUUGCCAAAAAAAUUGGUGAACUAGAAGUGGGCCAGAUGGAGAACAUAUCUCCAGGACAGAUCAUUGAUGAACCCAUUCGACCAGUCAACAUUCCCAGGAAAGAAAAGGAUUUCCAAGGAAUGCUGGAAUACAAGAAGGAGGAUGAGCAAAAACUUGUUAAGAACCUGAUUCUGGAACUGAAGCCACGUGGUGUAGCAGUCAAUUUGAUUCCAGGAUUACCGGCAUAUAUCCUGUUUAUGUGUGUUCGACAUGCUGACUACCUGAAUGAUGAUCAGAAAGUAAGGUCGCUGCUAACAUCAACAAUUAACAGCAUCAAAAAAGUAUUGAAGAAAAGAGGUGAUGAUUUUGAAACCGUCUCCUUCUGGCUCUCUAACACAUGCCGAUUUUUGCACUGCUUGAAGCAGUACAGUGGAGAAGAGGGCUUUAUGAAGCACAACACAUCUCGCCAGAAUGAACACUGCCUCACCAAUUUUGACCUGGCUGAGUAUCGGCAGGUGCUGAGUGACUUGGCCAUUCAGAUCUACCAGCAGCUCGUGCGGGUGUUAGAGAACAUCCUUCAGCCAAUGAUUGUCUCAGGCAUGCUGGAACAUGAAACGAUUCAGGGCGUGUCUGGGGUGAAGCCCACAGGGCUGAGAAAGCGAACCUCCAGUAUUGCCGACGAGGGAACCUACACGCUGGACUCCAUCCUCCGGCAGCUCAACUCCUUCCACUCAGUCAUGUGUCAGCACGGCAUGGACCCUGAACUGAUCAAGCAGGUGGUCAAGCAGAUGUUCUAUAUUGUGGGGGCCAUCACCCUGAACAACCUACUCCUGCGGAAGGACAUGUGCUCCUGGAGUAAAGGCAUGCAGAUCAGGUACAAUGUCAGUCAACUGGAAGAAUGGCUGCGUGACAAGAAUCUGAUGAACAGUGGAGCUAAAGAAACCCUGGAACCUCUCAUUCAGGCUGCUCAACUUUUGCAAGUGAAAAAGAAAACAGAUGAUGAUGCAGAAGCCAUUUGUUCUAUGUGCAAUGCUUUAACUACUGCCCAGAUUGUCAAAGUAUUGAAUUUGUAUACCCCAGUUAAUGAGUUUGAAGAAAGAGUCUCUGUAUCAUUCAUUCGUACUAUACAGAUGCGUUUACGAGACAGGAAAGACUCUCCCCAGCUGCUCAUGGAUGCUAAACACAUCUUUCCUGUCACCUUUCCUUUCAACCCAUCUUCUCUCGCGCUAGAAACCAUCCAGAUUCCAGCCAGCCUCGGCCUGGGCUUCAUUUCACGGGUCUGAAAGUGAUGUCCAGGCAAACAUUGACAAUACAUUUCUUGCCUGAAAUAAGAACCCAUUAUUUCCAGUGAGCUACUGAAAAUACGUUUUUGAAGAGAAAGUACUGAUUAUCUCCCUAUGAGAAGUCAUUAACUGGAAAUCUUCCUAGAAUACUUUCAUCACCUUGGAAAAAAUGAUAGGCUCUUUCGUGCUGUGUUAUCUUCAUAGCAACGCUCAUCCUUGACCAACUAGGUACCCUGAGUUUACAUACAGGUGAAUGAUGGAAGGAAGGGAGAGAGGAAGGAAAGGAGGAGAGAAAUGUGUCUUCAGCUGGCAGCAUUUAUUUUAAAUCUUUAGCACUGCAUUUGAAUGGUAUAAAAAGCAUAACUUCUAUAGGUGAGCUGCUAGGAAGGCAUCGAAGAACCUCCUCUGCACUAAACAGGAGAAUGGAAAUAAAAGUCUCCAUUGAGUACAUAUCAUAUCAGUUUAGUAAUCAGUUAUGUUGAUACUGUCAAACUGGAUCAAAGAAAUAAACUGGCAAUAUGUAAUUGGUCAAGUAACUUCCUUAUUUGUAUCACUAUGAUAUAGAGAUAUUAAAGGAAUGUUGGUUUGCUAAAUAGCAUAGAUGUCCAUUUGUACUAUAGUUUACUGAGCAUUUUAAAUUGCUGCUAUAUACUGUCUUCUUAAAAUGUAAGUGAUAUUAGGCCCCACAACAAUAAGCUUCUCUUAUCAACUCUGUUUACAAUUCAGUCAGAUCACAGUUUUAACUGGAUUAUAUGCAAAUACCUACAGAUUCACCUGCACAAGUAGUAGACACUGGAAAGUCAUUUAGUAAUAUGACAAAAUGCUUGACAUUUAGGGGUAGGAUUAGACAAAGUGGCUAUUGUUGAUGUCAUUAUUUAUUCAGGAUGUAUUACAUUGAUGUGCUCACUAAUUUUCCUUGUGUGGCUAUUGCAUCAAGGUCCAGUGUUCUGUGAAGUGACUUAUUUUUAAUAAGUCUGAACAGAUCUGAUUCGUACAGUGCACAUUUUCAACCUUGACAGAUUUUCUCUCUUGUUAAUUUGUUAAGAAUUAAUCUCAGCUGGGCACAGUGGCUCACGCCUUUAAUCCCAGCACAUUGGGAAGCCAAGGUGGGCGGAUCACUUGAGGUCAGGAGUUCGAGACCAGCCUGGCCAGCAUGGCGAAACCCCGUCUCUACUAAAAAUACAAAACUUAGCCGGGCAUAGUGGCAUGUGCCUGUAAUCCCAGCUACUCGGGAGGCUGAGGCACGAGAAUCAAUUGAACCUGGGAAGCAGAGGUUGCAGUGAGAUCACACCACCGCACUCCAGCUGGGGUGACAGAGCGAGACUCUGCCUCAGAAAAAGAGAAAAAAAAAAAAAAAAGAGUUAAUCUCAUUAUCUGAAAGAAUUGUCAGAAUGUUAAUGAUUCAGGUCUUGAAACUUUGAUUAUGCAAAAGAAAAUAAGGUAUAUAAUAAAUAUUACAUUAUGAUUCAGUUUUUUAAGGUUUUGCAACUUCUAUAAGUGUUCUCAGAUGCCACUAGAUACUUUUAAAAGCAUCAUAUUAGAAAUACUUUAAGAAGACUUAUAUAGGAAGUAGAAGAUUGUUGAAUUUUACAGAGGAUUUGGUUCAUUAAGACCCAGAUUCUAUAAGUUUUCAUUCUGAAAUUAUAGUAAAACUUAUUCACCAUUUUUCUUAGAAAUCUUAUACAAUAAAUCCUUCAGGUUGCACAAAAGCAAAUUAUUAGUUUUCAUUAGAAACUCUGGUUCUGAAUUACAAUCAUAGAUUAUAUAAUUUAACUGUUAGAUGGUCUAUAAAAAUGACAAAUCUAAUUAAAAUAUGUGCAAUAUUUAUAGAAGUCAAAUAGCUUCAUAUCAGUGAUAAAGAUUGUUAUUAAAAGAUAAAUACUGUCUGUUAACUUAA